UAUUAUAAAAGUAUCUUAUGCUAGUAUAAUGUAUAUUAAUUAACUUGGUAUAAUUUUUUAAACAACUUUUAUAUAAAUUUUUGAUCCUAUUUAAAGUAUUUAAAAUAAAAAUGUUAACUCGUUUACAAAUUUUGCAACGAAUUUGUUCGUUACACUUUUGUCGGCAAUUUUCUAAUAUUCCAACUGGACCAGUUUUAAAAUCUAACAUAGAUGUAAAUUCCAUUGAAUAUCAGGAAAACAAAACAGCAAUGGAAGUUUUAGUUGAAAAUUUGAAAAAAACCGUUAACACCGCAGUUUAUGGAGGUGAUAUCAAAGAUAAAUUAAGGCAUACGUCUAAAGGAAAAGUGCUGGUCCGUGAUCGAAUAAAUUAUCUUUUAGAUUCUGGUUCGCCAUUCUUAGAAUUGUCUCAAUUAGCUGGAUACAACUUAUAUGAAGAAAAUCUGCCUUGUGGUGGUUUAAUAACUGGAAUCGGACGAAUAUCUAAUAAAGAAUGUAUGAUUAUUGCUAAUGACGCAACUAUCAAAGGUGGUACAUAUUUCCCUAUAACGGUCAAAAAACAUAUAAGAGCUCAAGAAAUUGCAAGUGAGAACAACUUACCAUGUGUAUAUUUAGUAGAUUCCGGGGGAGGUUAUUUAAAAAAACAGUCUGAAAUUUUUCCUGAUAAAGAGCAUUUUGGAAGAAUAUUUUACAAUGAAGCUGUUAUGUCGUCAAAAAACAUUACUCAGAUUGCUGUUGUUAUGGGUAGUUGUACAGCGGGUGCAGCUUAUUUACCAGCUAUGGCUGAUGAGAGUGUGAUAGUAAAAAAGACUGGAACAAUUUUUUUAGCCGGUCCCCCACUGGUAAAAGCAGCGACAGGAGAAGUAGUUUCCGCAGAAGAACUUGGUGGCGCUGAUCUUCACUGCACAGUUUCUGGAGUUUCUGAUCAUUACGCUAACGAUGAUUACCAUGCCUUACACAUAACUAAAAAUAUCAUUGCUAAUUUAAAUAAUAAUAACAAAUCAAUCACUAACUCAAUAGACAAUUUGGCUGUACCAGAACCUCCAAUUUAUCCAGAUGCAGAACUUUACGGUAUUGUUGGUAGUAAUUUAAAACGAAAUUAUGAUGUUAGAGAGGUUAUUGCAAGGUUAGUUGAUGGUUCUGUAUUUUCAGAAUUCAAAAAGAUGUAUGGUGAAACACUAGUUACUGGAUUUGCCAAAAUAUGUGGUUAUCCAAUUGGAAUUAUCGGUAACAAUGGGGUAUUGUUUUCCGAAUCUGCUCUUAAAGGCACUCAUUUCAUUGAACUUUGCUGUCAACGGAAAAUUCCAUUGUUAUUUUUACAAAACAUAACUGGGUUCAUGGUAGGUAAAGAUGCUGAAGCUGGUGGCAUUGCGAAAAAUGGUGCUAAAAUGGUGACCGCUGUUUCGUGUGCAUCAGUACCCAAAAUUACUGUAAUCAUCGGUGGAUCUUAUGGCGCUGGAAAUUAUGGAAUGUGUGGGCGAGCUUAUGGGCCAAGAUUUUUAUAUAUGUGGCCAAACUCACGAAUAAGUAUAAUGGGAGGUGAACAGGCAGCUGGUGUAUUAUCCCAAAUUCAGAGGGACAAAAAAGGACGAGAAAGUAAACAGCUAACGGUUGAUGAAGAAAAUAUCAUAAAAAAUCCUGUAAUUAAACAGUUUGAAGAAGAAGGAAAUCCAUACUAUUCCAGUGCUAGAUGUUGGGAUGAUGGAAUUAUUGACCCUGCUCAAACUAGACACAUUUUAGCCCUAAGUUUAUCAGCUAUUAAUAACAACUCAAUUCUUGAAACAAAAUACGGAAUUUUUAGAAUGUAAAUUUUUAUAAAAAGUAAACUGCCAUUAGUAGAAAAAUACACAAUUUAAUUGAUGUAAUAUGAUAUUAAGAGCAAACAUUAAUUUUUUAAGAUAAUUUUUACAUUUGAUUUUUUUUUAAUUUGUUUUAUAUUCUAAGUAAAAAGAAUUAGUAAACAUUAUUUAUAUUAUAAAAGUCGAUAAAAUUAAAUAAUUAUUUUUUUAAAGAUUAAUCAUAUAAUAUUAA